UGAAGUUAAGCCCCACCCACACCUGACAUUCCUCUAUAAGUAACCAGCAUUUUCUUAUAGAGCAGCUGCUCGACUCUUGUCCAUCAGAAAACAGCUUAAAACACAAGGAAGAAUCUCAAGACUCCAUCUAAAGGCUUUUAAAGAAAGAGGAAAAUAAAAUGGGAUCAUCACCAGUUCAGAUGGUAUGUGUGGGCCUCGGGAUCAUUGGCCUGAUUGGAGCCAUCGUCUCUUGUGCCCUUCCUCUCUGGAAAGUGUCCGCCUUCAUAGGGCAAAAUAUUAUUGUUGCGCAGGAGACACAGGAGGGUCUGUGGAUGCAAUGUGUGACCCAGAGCACCGGACAGCAGCAGUGCAAAGUGUAUGAGUCCAUGCUGGAGUUACCAUCUGAUCUGCAGGCUGCCCGAGCCAUGGUCAUCAUCGCCUGCAUGCUCGGUGGACUCAGCCUCCUCAUCCUGUUCUGCGGUUCUGACUUCACCACAUGUGUGCAGAACGAAGACGCCAAGCCCAAAAUCUGCCUGGUGGCCGGGGUUGGCCUACUGCUGGGUGGCCUCCUGGUGAUCAUCCCAGUCAGCUGGUCGGCUCAUAUGACUAUUAGUGACUUUAAAAACCCCUUGGUGCAGAAUUCUCAGAAGAAAGAGCUUGGAGCGUGCAUCUAUAUCGGCUGGGCAGCAGGGGUUCUGAUGAUGCUGGCUGGAGGUCUGCUCUGCUGCUUCAGCAGACCCAAGUCCAGCAGCUCAGGAGGAACCGCCAAGUACUACAGCAGCAGUGCUUCAGCUCCAGGCAAAAACUACGUGUAGAGGCUUUAUGAAAGGGACUGGUGUCCAACAGAUGAGUAGUAAUGCAGGUGAACCAGAAAAAAAGUGGAAAGGGGACACCAGAGAAUGCUUGUAAAUAAUUUAAGCUAAUAACAUCUGAAUCCAGCUAUUACUUCUAUAACUUGAACUGUUAUUUUUUUGCAUUGGUAAAACUAUUAUAGUAUCAGCAUUCCUCUUUAAAAAACAUAUCAAAUUUUAAUUUAAAAAAAUAUUGUGGCUAAAAA